CCGAUUCCAUGCUGGUUUUGCUGGACAAGAGAAGGCAUUCCUUACUCCGGAACGAGGUACUCUGCUAGGUGGACCAAUUCCUGCCAAUUUAGGAGCUGGGAAAUAUCCGAUUGAUUUUCAGGGUGACGAAGCGCGCUGAGACGUCUUUUACAAAUUUCACAUGACAGUUCUAUUUGAAUUGGGGAAAAUAUAUUUUGAACUAAGCCCGUAAUUGCAAAAAUGCUCAGCCUGAGGAAUGGAAUCUUCGCGGGCAAUCUUCUCGGCAGCGGCUCUUGCCUUCAGCGAUUAGCUCCCUGCUCUUGUCGCUCUUCGCGAAAGCCUCCGGCGGGAAACUCCGCGAAGAACCCAUUCAAGCAACUGAACGAUGACUCGGAGGAGCAGAAACGCAUGUCGGUCCUGAUGGAGCUGGGGUGUCAAUGUCCUCAGAAGUCGCACAGGGAGCGUUGGUUCUCCACCAACCAGCGCAUUAUUCUGUCGCUGGCCACGGCCCUUAAUCGUCCGCCGGAUUUGGUGUCCGACUUUUUGCACACACUGACCCUCCAGAACUUUGCAGCGAUCCUUUAUCCCGCCGAGACCGUGGGUCCCUCUUGUAGAGUUCCAUAUGUGAACUGCAGUGCCUGUGAGGAUUUUAUGAGAAUUUUCGAUACUCAUGGGAACGUUAGGAGCCGCUUCAGCGAAGACUCCCUGCAGCUACUAAUGCGCGCCGUGCAAACUGUUUUGAAGCAAUCUGCACCCAGGGAGCUCAGUCCAAUGGACGCAGGCUUCAGCAGCCCACGUGGGUCAAUUAAAAGGGAUUCCAGAGCGCGUAGAGCUGGCAUCGAUCGCGACUCCGUCGCUUUUCAAAACGGCAGGAGGCGAUUGAGGAACUCGGAAGCGAAGGCCUCAGAGAAGAGAAGCCAUCUUAACACCGGCCUGGAACGUCGCUCGACCGAAGAUCCUGGAUACGUUUUCGGGGCAAGUCUGGAAUCCGCUGGCCUAGAUGCCAUGUACACGCCCGGAAAUUGGGCGCUUGAGGAUUCAUUACCCUUAGAACGCACCAGGCGGCUCGCCAAAAUGCUUUUCCAGGUAAAUGAUAAGACUUAUCUGACGCGCGAUACCGAGAAACUAAUAACUGCCAUCAAAGAGCUCAAAUUGGAUGGCACGGUCACCAAUCCAAAACAGGCCCCAAGUCGUACCAGCAUCGCCACCGAAAUUGCCGAUUCGUACUAUGAAAGGGUGAAGGCUUCUGCAUCGAAAGCCGUGCUCAAGAGCCGCUCGGCUCGCGGCUCGAGGAAGCGAAAGAAAGCAAGUGAUGGUGAGGCAGUUCCUAGGCGGACCACGAAGCGAAUGUACUAUGGCGAUCCGCUCCCGGUGCUCUUGCACGAACCGUUUAAUCGGGAAAAGCCAUGGACCUGGCUGCGCCGCCAUCCCCAACAGAUGCGCAUGGAUGGAAAGGGUCAGGUGACACAGGGAACUAUCCGUCGCUACCGGCGCGACACCAUAGAGCAGCUGAUGCAGUCUGCCAAGGAGCGGUCAUCGGUGAUCACUGUGAUUACCAUGGGUGACGAUAGCGCAGCUGCAAAGGCGCAGCCCAUGUUUGGUCAGAAGGCAUCCAGGAACUAGUCAGUGGCCCAGUGGCCCAGUGGCCAUCCCCGACCGUGGAUUCUUCAAAUUGCUUGCUAACGAAAAUAGUAGAACAAAUUAUGUGUGGAUGU